AUGGCUCAACCGGACAGUGACAAUAGCAAUGGCCGCGUCGUCGGCGACCUGGCCUGUCAAUCGGACUCGUACCUCCAAACUCUCGAGACAAAAGUAAUUUCUUGCGAAAAGGCUCCUAAGCGUGCGCAAAAGUCAAAAAAGCACGAUGCACGCCACGAGGAGGCUGAGUGGUUAAUUGAGUGUUCUGACUCGGUACUUUUCCCUGAAGGCGGCGGUCAGCCCUGUGACCACGGAACAAUCACUUUGCUCUCGGGCGACGACCAAGACCCCAUUCCCAUCAAAAAUGUUCAACGAGAGGGUCUCCGGUGUGUCAUCCACUCACCAAAGCCUAUUUCUCCUGGUGUGGAGGUCCGCCAACAAAUUGACUGGAACCGUCGAUGGGAUCACAUGCAGCAGCAUACUGGCCAGCACCUUUUGUCUGCCCUAAUGAUGAAGAAUCACGAGCUCAAGACGCUGGGUUGGGGAAUGGGUACUGACGGAGGCUUCAACUAUGUUGACUUGCAAAGGAAGCCGACAGAUGAGGAGAUGCAGGCUAUCCAGAUAGCCUGUGCGGAAAAGAUUCGAGAGAACUUGUCAAUCAAGGUGGAGACGCCAGAUGACGCGAAGCAUGACAAACUCCCUGGGGACUAUGACAACUGCUGUGGUACCCAUCUCUCUCAAACAUCACACAUAUCCCUCAUCAUUCUCGGCUCAACGCAGUCCGUCCACGGCAAAAACUGCCGCUUGUCCUUUAUCACCGGAGACCGUGCCAUCAAACUCGCCAAUGCAUCAGUCAGUGCAAUCAGCAACAUUGCCAAAUUGAUGUCCUCCAGCAACAACCCCACCGAAGUAGUCACCCGCGCCACUGCCUUGUCCGACAGCGUGACCGACCUCAAACGCUCAGAACGAAAGCUCCUACUCGAGGUCGCAAAGUUCGAAAGCGAACACGCCAUCAGAUGCAUCGUUCAUAACAAAAUGAAUGCGUACAUCCACCGUUACGAAGGAAACACGGAUUUUAUCAACAAAAUCGUCGGCGAGACGAGGGAUAUUCUCCAAGGAACCGAAUUUGUUGUCGUUAUUGCCAUUGGGGAGCCCAAAGGUGGCGGCCCGGUUGUCAUCGUGGGUGAUCAGGUCGCUGUUGAUAUGAUGGCAAAGAAAGUCAAGUCCGUCGUCAGGGAUAUCAAGGGUGGAGGAACAGGUGGUAAAUGGCAGGGCAAGGUGAAGGAGUGGACAAACGCUGAAUUGACCGCCUUGAAGGAGGUAGUUGAAUCAUAG